AUGGAACAAAAGGAACGUGCGUUAUGUCGGAAACCUUACGCAAGAUUCUUCUUUGUGGCAAUUGUGCUGUUGUUUGAGAGAACAGUUUGGGCUCGGAUAGAAUGGUCAGUAUCUGAAGAACAGAAUGACGGUACUCUGGUUGGGAAUAUUGCCAAAGAUUUAGGUAUAGACCUCAAAAUCCUAAAAGAGAGAGGAUUACGCAUUGUAUCAGCCUCGGCAGAGUCGAAGUUCAGAAUAAAUCAGGACGACGGAGGGCUGUAUGUGAACGGAAAAAUAGACAGAGAAGACAUCUGCGCAGGAAGCAGCGCUUGUUUGGAAAAUUUGAAAAUUGUCCUUGAAAAUCCACUGGAGAUUCAUUACGUAUCCGUACAUAUUUUGGAUAUAAACGACAAUGCUCCGCAAUUCACUCAAAAAACAAAACAUUUGGAUAUAGGAGAAUCAGCCUUACCGGGAACACGAUUUCAGCUACAAGCAGCUCAUGACCCUGAUAGUGGCAGCAAUUCUAUUCAGAGUUAUAAAUUAAGUCACAACGAUCAUUUUCGAUUAGAAAUCAAAGAUCGUGAUGAAGACGGUAAAAUUCCUAUUCUCAUAUUACAAAAACAGUUAGAUAGAGAAGCUGCACAGAUCAUAAAAUUAUUGUUAACUGCUGUAGAUGGCGGAAAACCAUCGAAAUCUGGAACAACUGAAGUAAUCAUAAAUGUGCUGGAUAUAAAUGAUAACGCACCUGUUUUUUCCGAAGAUGUCUAUGCUGUAAUGCUGCAUGAAAACGCGCCUAUUGGCACAACAGUAUUACAGUUGAACGCCACCGAUUUGGAUGACGGCUCAAAUGGCGAAAUUGUUUAUUCGAUAAGUAAUAAUGUAAACAAUAAAUUACGAGAACUUUUUGAAAUAUCUCCGAUAACAGGUGAAAUCACUGUGAAAGGAGUUUUAGAUUUUGAAGUCAAAGACAAAUAUGAGCUUGAUGUUCAAGCUUCCGACAAAGGACUUGUACCAAUGACUUCAGACAAGACAGUUACUAUAAAGAUUGUAGAUGUAAAUGACAAUGCACCAGAGAUAGAGGUGACAUCAUUUUCAAUUGCAAUUCCGGAAGAUUCUAGAUCUGGGACUACAGUUGCUUUGAUAAGUGUAUCUGAUUCGGACUCUGGGGUAAACGGAAAAGUUUCUUGUUCAGUACCUGAGCACAUGCCUUUCAAGCUUUUUUCAUCCGCAGAUGAUAAUGCUUACUCCUUAGUUACAUCCGCAACGCUAGAUAGGGAAAUGACGUCUCAAUAUGAUAUUAUAUUAUUUGCAAAAGACGCAGGGAUCCCGCCACUGUCAUCGAUAAAGACUAUAACUGUACAAGUAUCAGAUGUAAAUGACAAUAGUCCAGAGUUUACUAAUUCCCCAUACACGUUUUAUGUAAUGGAAAACAAUGUUCCAGGAACAUCUUUAUUUUCUGUAUUUGCUUUUGAUCGAGACUCAGGUGAAAAUGCAGCAAUCAACUAUCAGAUAUGGAGAGAUAAUAUUAAAGAGGACAAGUACACAUCGUUUAUCAAUGUAAAUUCUGAAACUGGCGGCAUAUAUGCAUUAAAAGGUUUUGACUUUGAGAUAGUAAAGACGUUUCAGUUCCAAGUGCUCGCUACAGAUUCUGGAAAUCCACCACGAAGUAGCAAUGUCACAGUGAACGUGUUCAUUCUGGAUCAGAACGACAACGUUCCAGUGAUCUUGUAUCCAGUCAGCGCUAACGGUUCUGCUGAAGGUGUGGAGGAGAUUCCCCGCAAUGUCAACGCAGGACAUUUAGCGACUAAAGUGAGAGCCUAUGACGCGGAUAUUGGAUACAACGGCUGGUUAUUAUUUUCACUGCAGGAAGUGAGUGACCACAGUCUCUUUGGUUUGGACCGAUAUACAGGACAAAUAAGGACCCUUCGCUCAUUCACAGAAACAGAUGAGGCAGAACAUAAACUGGUCAUAUUGGUCAAAGACAAUGGCAAUGUUUCACUUUCAGCAACAGCGACACUGAUUAUCAAAGUUGUUGAGCCAAAAGAAGCUUUUGCUUCUGAUAUUGAAAACGCCGUAAAAGAAGAGGAAGACAAUAACGUAACAUUUUAUUUGAUCAUUACGUUGGGUUCGGUUUCCUUUCUUUUUAUCAUCAGUAUCAUUGUGCUGAUUGUAAUGCAGUGCUCCAAAUCUACAGACUAUUCCUCCAAGUAUUUACAAGAAACUAAUUACGACGGAACACUGUGUCACAGCAUCCAGUACAGGUCCGGAGACAAACGCUAUAUGUUAGUUGGACCUAGAACGAGUAUCGGUUCUACUCUAGUUUCUGGCAGUAAUGGAAAUACUCUUGUUUUACCAGAUCGCAGGAGGACAACUUCUGGCGAGGUAAGAAAGACUUAG